GGUGCCGGUCCCGGUCCCGGUCCCGUCGUCGUCGUCCCCCGCUCCGCCCCCGCAGAGGGGCCUGAGUGGAAGCGGGGCGUUUGGGGGCAGCCGGAGCCGUGUGGCGGCUCCGUGCUGGCGCCUGAGGGGAGCGGGUGAGAGAAGGGCCGGGCCGGGAGGAGGUCGGGCGCCGGCCGGCCUUGCGCUAGGCCCGGGCAGGCAGCGGAGGAGCCCCUCGCACCUGGCCAGCACUGAAAUCCUUCUGUCGGUUGGUAGGUCAGAUGUGGGGCGAAUAGGUGCUUAGCCCUAAGAAGGGAUUAAAAGAUGUUUCGUGAAGCUGCGCGUUGGCGCCUUGAACGAGGGGGCCGUUCCCGGGCUCGCCCUGCUGUGUGCCCGGCUGGUGCGAGGGGUUAGGCUGGCGAGGCCGAGCUGCUGAGGAAUGGAAGGGACGGAGAGCAGAAGCGACGCUUCCUCCUCGGUGGUCGCAGACUGGAGUUUGGCGUUUUGGACUCUGUGCUCUGUGAUCCUGCCGGUGCUGAUCACCCUGUGGUGCAGCUUCCAGCGGUCCCGGCGGCAGGUGUUAAUACGAGACAUCUUUCGCAAGAGCAAGCAUGACUGGCACUACACAGACCUCUUUGGCCAGCCCUCCUACUGCUGCGUGUGUGCCCAGCACAUCCUUCAGGGUGCUUUCUGCAACUGCUGCGGGCUGCGUGUCAGCGAAGGAUGCCUCAAGAAGGCAGACCAGCUUUUUCUCUGCAAGGAAAUUAUGAUGAGGAGCGAUGGUGGAGCCCACAUCUCUAUGCCACACCACUGGAUCAGAGGCAACGUCCCGCUCUGCAGCUGCUGUAUGAUAUGCAAACAACAGUGCGGUACACAGCCCAAGCUCUGCGACUACAGAUGUGUGUGGUGUCAGUACACUGUACAUGAUGAAUGCAUGAUGGAUUGUUUAAAGACUGAGGAGUGUACAUUUGGAGAAUUCAGAGACUUAAUUAUUCCACCAUACUAUUUGUCUACAAUCAACCAGAUUCGUAAAGACAAAAGAACCAAUUAUGAAAAGGUGGUACCUUACUGCAGAAAACACUGGAUGCCAGUAAUCAUACUGGCUAAUACUCGUAGUGGAAACAACAUGGGUGAAACUUUACUAGGAGAAUUUAAAAUUCUGCUGAACCCCGUUCAGGUUUUUGAUCUAAGCAAAAUUGCACCUGCUAAAGCACUCCAACUUUGUACCUUGCUGCCUUGCAAUGCUGUCAGGGUUCUUGUCUGUGGUGGGGAUGGCACAGUAGGCUGGGUCCUGGAUGCAAUUGAUGAAAUGAAGAUAAAGGGGCAAGAAUGUUAUAUUCCACAAGUUGCAAUUUUACCUCUGGGAACAGGUAAUGACCUGUCUAAUACACUGGGCUGGGGUGCAGGUUAUGCUGGAGAAGUCCCUGUAGAACAAAUCUUACGAAAUGUCAUGGAGGCAGAUGGAAUCAAACUAGACAGAUGGAAGGUUCAAGUAACAAACAAAGGAUACUACAACUUAAGGAAACCAAAGGUAUUCACCAUGAACAACUACUUUUCUAUAGGACCUGAUGCUCUCAUGGCUUUAAAUUUUCAUGCUCAUCGUGAGAAGACUCCCUCUCUGUUUUCCAGCAGAAUUAUUAAUAAGGCUGUUUAUUUUUUUUAUGGAACCAAAGACUGCUUAGUACAAGAAUGUAAAGAUCUUAACAAAAAGGUUGAGCUAGAGUUGGAUGGUGAGAGAAUAGAGUUGCCCAAUUUGGAAGGCAUCAUUGUCCUGAAUAUUGGAUAUUGGGGAGGUGGCUGUAGGCUCUGGGAAGGAAUGGGUGAUGAACCUUACCCCUUGGCGAGACAUGACGAUGGACUUCUGGAAGUUGUUGGUGUUCAUGGUUCUUUCCACUGUGCCCAGAUUCAGGUGAAACUAGCAAAUCCUGUUCGCCUAGGGCAGGCACAUACAGUGAGGCUGAUCUUGAAGAGUUCAAAGAUGCCGAUGCAGGUGGAUGGAGAGCCAUGGGCUCAGGGGCCCUGCACUGUUACCAUAACUCAUAAGACACAUGCACUGAUGUUGUAUCACUCGGGUGAACAGACAGAUGACGACGCUUCCAGCGUGUCUGAGCAAGACCACAUGAGAGAACAAACGGAUGAAGAUGUAUAGAUUUUGCGGAAUUCAACCUAAUACAGUGAUGAACUUCAGCUCAUUAAGAACAUUGAGAAUGCCUAAUCUAGAUUAAGGUUUUGUGCCGUAAGGUUCAUAUUUGUGAAUGAACUAGAGCUGAGGAAAAAGCCAUGCUUUUACAUUCAUGAAAACUUUCACAGCUGAAUUACCACAACUGUUUUGCCUUUUAGAUUGGUGGUGAUGCCCAGCCUUUCUAGUUCGAGGAGUUAGUUACUCUAAUGGCAGGAAAGAGACAGAUACUGCAGCCCUUCCUUGCUGUGGAAUCAGAUCUUCUGCACAUACACAAUGCAAAAUAUUUUAUACCCUUGGAAAGGGAAACAGCUGGGAGUUUGGCCUGCUUCCACCUGCCCUCUUCCCCAGAACAGUUCCAGAACAGAAAACCAGACCAAGUAGGAUGUGGGCUGAUUUUCUGACAACAGCCUGCUCCUGGCUGCCAUCUCUUCUUUGGAGCAAGACAAAUACUCUUCCGUGCACCUGCUUGUGCAGUGCCUAUCUGAUAUGCUUGACUGGGAGAGCGGAGGAUCUGGGAGCUCUUGAGAAGGUGGUUAGCAAGAAAGAUGCUUUUGGACCAAAGGUUUCUGGAAAUAUUCUGUUUGCGAAUUACCUUUUUCAGUGGCUUUGUAAGCCAUAGAUAGAGUACUCCUGUGGUCCUGAGUACUCAAGAUACAACUUCAAAAUAAUUGUACUAUGACUUGCACUGAGGUACUGUAACUGACUCUGCUUCAGUUCAGUGAGAGGCUAAUUCUAGUUUUUGUGUAUAGCAACAUCAUAGUUCUUGAGGAGGCUUUGUGUGGGAAAAUUUGGACAAAGGAGCUGUCUUUUUUAGCUGUUUAGAGGAGGGUUUUAAUGAAAUAAUGAUGAUGGGCAAAUGUGUUUGGUAUUUUUUUAAAGGCUUGUUAAAGAUCUUGCUUUGUAAUUACCUGAAAAAGAUCAAUGGUAAAGUCAGUCUGUUAACUGUUUCAACUUGUAAGUGUGGAGGUUGAGAGCUAGGUUUGCAGGGGUUAGCAAGUUCUGGCGUUCAUGUGUGUAAUUUGAUUGUGAAAAAAAGGGUGGAAGCAUUUGUUUUCUGACUGGCUCUUAGGGUGUCAAAGAUACCUUGUUGGACCUGAAACUUCAUUUCCUAUAUGAGUAUAGGGUGAGAAAAAGAUUGGUGGCCUAUACUGAUAGUAAAGGUUAAGAACACAUACAACAGUACAUGGAAACAGUCAGUUUGGCAUAUCUGAAGCUUCUCAGGUUAAAAGCUUCUCAGGUGAAAACAUCUUCAUGAUUAACAGAAGUAAAAAUCUGCUCCUUUUUUCUUUUGUUGUAGGUAUUUUAAGCCCGGAGCAGGUGAGAGCUAUGAGUUGAGGUUUAAAAUUUGUCACUAAGUAAUUCAGUUAAGUUCAGUUGAGUUACUGAAAGUGAUCUUCCAAGUAGGAAGAUAAUUUAUGCUGAAUGUAUACUGUAUAAGCUAAGAUCAUAAGAGAAGUUGAGAGCUUUGGUCUGAACUUUGAAUAUUGCUGCUUUUGUCAGAACUGUCCCAAUCUUCUUUUUUUUUUUUUUUCUUUUUUUCUUUAUGCUAACCGAAAGCGAUACCACUGGGUAAAGUAGGCUGUGUUUCUGGGUUUUGUAAUAUGAAACUGUUUUUCAACAAUCUAUAAAAUGAUGUUUGCAUUAACGGUGAAUGGACUAUUUAUAUUUUAAAAUAAUUUAUUGUGAAACCUUGGCAAAGUCAGUAUUUUUAAAACCUUCAAUUGUAAUCCUCUUUGGAGAGCAUUUUUAACUUGAUGGUAUUCAUUGUAGAAAGUGUAUGUACUAGAUCUUAAAUACUACUGAUUAUCAGUGAAUUUAUAGAUGUCUGAAAAUGUGAUUAGAGUGUAAUGAACUGUAAAGCAGAAGCCAUUUGUAAAUUCCAUGUUCAUUAGCCUUAUACACUUCAUCUUAAUUAUUUUAUUGUAUGUAAAUAUAGAGAACAAAUAGUUAAAUCUAUGUCAAAAGUGUUUAAAAUACCCAAAAGUAUAGUAUGUUAGACAAAUCCACUACCUUUUUUUUUUUUUUUUUUUUCAGUUAUGAGGUUCGAUUUGUAUUGGCUUCAAAAAUCUUACUAGUUAUUAAUUUUUUUAAAAAACUUGUAACCAUCAGCACCCUAAAAAUAGUUAAGGUCUCUGCUAUGGUUUUUACCUAACUAUUGUUUACAAACAAACGACAAGUCUCUGGAAAAGCAGGGUAUGUGCUAUGAAAGGCAGCGUUUUCUCAAGAGAAAUGACACUGCUGGCUACUUAACCUAAACUAUUCAUAACACAGUUUAAAGAGGUACCUGAAGUUGAUCACAUGAUUAUUCAAAUUCUUUUAUAGCCUAAGAACCUGUAACUGCUCAAAAACUUCACUUUUUGAACUCCUGACAUCUAGAAAAAAAAAAAAAUUACGCCAGGACUUUGAAAGUCUUCCUCUUUUACAGUAGAUGAGCUGGCUUCUCCACUUGUGCUUUGCCUGAGUGGGUACCAGUGAUGUUGCACUAUGUUUGUGCAGGCAAGGUCCUCCCACUUACUGUGGCUUGCUAGGACUCCAGUCCUAAAUGCGUGAAAUCCUCUUUGGGAAAUGUGAAUCCAUCAUUCCUUUUGGAGAAACAAAGCAGAAUUGGAAGUGAAAGUAGCAUCUAAAUGGGUGCUUGUUUGGGAAAACCCCUGGUAAAUGGUCUUGUUUCUGUUGGACAGAUCAUCCCCUUCUUGCAUGUGGAAGUGAAGAAGUUUGUGUUUCACAAAUUGACUGUUAGUCAUUGCAGCAAAUGAUAGGUAGCAAACGUAGCUGUUGUUAAGCAUGGGGAAGCCUCUUGUAAAAUUGUAUUUAUGGUAUGGAGAAUAUUCUGUAAGGUUGAAGUGUCUAGUUCCCAGUCACACAUGGGGUCAUCCUUCUAUUGUAACUCUAUGUAGCUGUCAUGCAUGAGGAAAAAAAAAGUUCUUUUUAAACAUACGGUGUUAGCACUAGAAUCUGUUGGGAAGUCUUGGUGUUUCCGACACGCUGUCCUUUGAUUUCAAUGUAUCCUCCUUUCCAGUAUGUUGCAAAUUGGGUUAAAGCCUGUUUUGAGUUUUGUCGAACUGUUUUAAGUGUUAGUUCAACUGCAGACAGUAAAUGUCAGCAAUGGGCACCCAGAUUCUAAUGCUAGCAUAAACGAACUUUUCUAAUUUUUAAUAUACCUGUAGCUGCUUAAUGUUGUCAUGUCUGCGUUGUGACUGUAAAACUGUUACAUGCUGCUUUAAUGUUGUAGGUGCAUAAAGCACCAGUACAAAAAGCUACUCUGUAGCUCUUCUGAAAGCAGAUUGGAAACCUGAAAAUACUGCAGUACAUUCUCUAUCCAGAAGAGGGUACUCUGCAGCUGGAUCUCAUGUCCUCCACUGAAGAAUUUUCCCUUACCCUCUUAAUGAUUAACAUUGGAAAAAUUGUGAAAGUGAUGUUUCGAAAAGAUAAAUAAUCAAUAGUUUCUUCUGGCAGUCUUCAUACAGCAUACCUUUGUGUAAAACGUACAGGGUGAAUAAUCAAUUCACAAAGUUUAUUUUUAAGUUUUAUUGCUGCAUACACUAGCUUAACUGACUUUUGGUCAGAUCCCAAUAACUCUCUUUACUGUAGGUUCUCACUCCUGCGACAUGCAGCACAAAAAAUUUAAAGUUGUAUGGAGAGCCUUUCUGUGAGUCAGCUUCCUGCCUUGCUCAAACCUCACUUGAUUACACACACACAUUGAGAGGACGUGUGUGCCUAUUUUCAUGUGCAUAGAACUUCUUGUCGUAGGCUUUGCUUUACUUUGUGUUUUCACUUGAGCAAUUCAUAGCAGGGUUAAACUGUUUCAAAUGCCACAUGCAUUUUGUAUCUUUCUCCAUGUCUGGACUUUUUUAAAAGGCAUCUGAAGCCCAAACUUGCAUUCUUCAUCUUCAAAAAUUGCUGAGGUGAAUGGCAUUCACUUACGUAUUUUUUUUUUCUAAGUAUGUCUAUUAUUCCUGGUGUUUAAAGCAGGUUAGGGUAGUAUUUAGAGCAUACUUUUAACAGCACUUUGGAAUUACUGCAGUUAUUAAAGAACAUAGUCUUAUGUUUUCUUUCUACUGCAAUGGUGAUAUUCCUGUUUCAAAUUAAUUUGGAAUUAUGUUCAAAUUUGAACAUUUUUCUCAGCUAGCACUGUUAUGAAUUGCAUUUCAUGUUCAUGAUGUAAAGACUGUAUAGCAUAAUGUAUGCAUUUGAUACUCUUUUUUAUAUGUUCACUUUCAAUGUUGCCCCUUCAUAGAUUUUUUUUUCCAGGUCUUGCUUUUCUUAGGCACUAAGUAACUUGAAACAAUAUUUACUUUAGUUAGAUGCUUUAAGUUCGUGCUCUCGGAAAACAGACUUGAGUUUCUUCUGGUUGCAAAAGAAAAUGCUACCAUGUUUGAACAUACUUGGGGAAAAUCAUCUUGUUGAGGCAAUGCUUAUAGCAAGAGUAAGUUAAUAGUUUCUUCUGUAUAACUUCAGCUGAUUCAGAUUGAGAAAUUUGUUCCCCUGUACAUUUCGUCUUGCUAGUGUUUACACCUACUCAGUAAGUACUUCUUUUCCUCAGUCAUUUAAUUACUCAUUUUAUGCUGGCUCACUUUCAGCUAAAAAUGUCAUUUGGGACAGUAUCAAAAGCUCUCCUGAAAUCAGGAUAGUGAGCUUUUCUUCUAUCCACUUUACCCUUCAUGCCAGCUAGCUUGUCAGAAAAGAAAAUUGGAAUGGCUUUGUACAGCUUAUUAUUAGCACAGUGACCCACCUGUUUGGCUUUCUCAGUCACCAUCAACACACCUGGAAGAUAUUAGAAAGGCCUCCAAAGGUUCCCAGUCCCCCAGACCUAUUUUGAAAGUACAGUUUUUGCUCUUUGCUGCUGGGGAGGAACCUCCCCAUUCUCCACAGGUUUUGAGAACUGAUAGUUAAAGGUUCUGGUUUUCAGUUUGGCCAGUUCCUUCUGGUUCUGCAUUAUGUUGCACUGAAGCUCACAGCUUUCAUAGUGUAUGUUAUUGUAUCUCACUGGUUAAAAAAAACCUUAAAGCACUGUACCUUAGCUGUGAACAGCAUAAUGGUAUCAAUGUUAUAAUAGUUACUCUUUGUUUCUUGGCAACAAAUGCUUUUUGGUAGAGCACCACUGUAACCUAGUUAGUUAAUCUAUGGGUAAGAGUAGGACACUUAGGAAUCUUUGCACGCGUUUUAACUGAAAAUCCUUUUUUGUUCUGUAUUUCAUACUGACUGCUAGCAGUUUUCUUCCUUUUGGAAGAGAAAAAAGAUUUGACCCUUCAGUUAGGAGUAAACUAGGAUAUCUUCAGAUUUAAAAAUACUAGUACAUAACUGAUCCUUUUGAAUGUGAACCACUUCUUUAAAAAUGCUCUGACUUUUUUUCUGAGAAAUGAUAGCUGCUUCUUGAACACAGGAAUGAGACAACAGAGACCACUUGUUCAUUUAGCAAGUAAGUACAUUGAGAUAAUUUACACAUUCUCUAUUUCAAAUUCAUUUAGGCCACAGUUCUAAAAGCAUGGCGUGAUCAAAAUUUCUCUGUCUCACUAAGAGUGCUGAAUAUCCAGUUCAGGUUUUGGGCAUCUCAGGGAGAGACUUCUAGCUGGAGUAAAGCCACAUGCCUUGACUAAACCUAGUGAUGUUAUGUGGACUUACAUUAGCUGAGGAUCCGGCCCUUAACUGUUCAAAAGUAUGAAUGUAUUCAAAAUUUUACUUUGUUUCCCAUUGAUACUGCCCUGUUUACUGUGCUGUAUACCCUUAUUGCUGUAUGUAAUUCAUUUUUUGCAUUGUUUCAUUUGCAACUUCUUUGUAGAUUUCAGCAUAAAACUAAUUUUAAGAGUAAGUGGGAACUUACACUGUGAGUUUACUGCAUUCUGUAUCUUCAAAGUUUACGUCCCUCAAAAGCCAUUUUGUCCGCUACCAACUGUUGUAAUCCUUAGAGUACCUCCAGCCAUUUUCUCUUUCUAGGAUUUUUAUAGAUGGAUUUUUAUUUUUGUAGCUUGUAACUUCAAUAUGUAUAGGAGUUAUUUCUAUUUAGUAAUUGGUGACCAGAAUACUGUAAAAAUGUUACCUUUAAGAGGUGUAACUUUAAGUUAGUAAUAACUACUUGCAAGAAAAUACCAGCAUGUUAACAGUUGAAAAAAAAAAAAAGUUAUUCUUUACCUUGGAAAUACUGUGAUGCUGUGACUUGGGAUUUGUAUUGAAUGUGUUUAUGCAUUUAUUCUGAAGUUGCACUAAAUAGGGAAAAAAUGAGCUUAAAAUGCAAGUAAUAGAUCAAAAAGUAAAAUUAUAACAUCUUAGGUUUUUUUCAACCAAGAAAGGUGACAUUUGGGAUUCAGUAUCUUUUUUGGUUUUCCCACAGAACAGUGAGGAAGGAGUGAUCAGUGUACUCUUGAUGGAACAGUUGUUUCCUUAUGGCGAAGUUUGAGAUAUAUAUUAUUUAGUGCCCAAAUAUAAGCAAAAGCUGUCUCUACCAUUCCCACCUCUCUUCUCAGAAAACAAAAACUCAGAGCAAACCUGACUGCUCCCAGCUGUAAAGUAUAUGAGAUCUUACUUGCAAAGAAAUAACCAGCCAACAUAAUAUUGAAUGUCCAAUUUAAAUGUUUAAAGUCAAAAUUUGCUAAUUUUUUUUUUUUACAUCAAGUGAUGCUUUCAAAUCCCAAAUUGUUUUUCAUUUGUUUUUUAAAAGGCAGCAAGCUGAAAUGAGGGGAUAAGGAGGUAUUACUGUAAAAUUCGUAGUCAUAAAAGCUGGGAAGUGUGUUCUUUAUUUGCUGCGUAGGCACAGGAAGUGUGAUUGUGGAACGUCUCAUAGAAGUCUCUGCACCCUCAUUGGCUUCAUCCAAUAUUUCUGAAGCAGGUGAUAAUACCAUAGCCCCCUGUAAUUGUGAUGUUUGCUCAAAUCAUUACAUGUGGGUGAUGUGUAUUAUUUGAGUACUUGGGCCAGGUUCUGUCUGUAAGAAGCUGCAACUUCAGUGAAGUCACAGAACUCCACCCAGUUCUGUGGCGGUAUUCCACAUUAACGUAAGUGAAACUGAAGAAAACUUUUGUCUUCAGUCAGUUGUGUCAUGGCCUGUCUCUUGUGACUUAAGCUCCCAGAAGGCUCCUUUGAGAAACAUCUGCUCCAUAUUCUUCAUAGAAGUUUGUAAAUACAGACUUUUUCACAGCACUGACUCAGUUACUGAAUUUCCUAAUGCAUCUUUUUGUUGUCUUGUUAUUUGUACUGUAUUUCUGUGUAGAUUAAAGAGUGUGAAUUAAAGUAUUUAAACUCA